AUGCUCCAAUCCAGCUCGGAUACCACAGCCAACUCGCCAACUCCAAUCAGUCCUUUCUCAACCUAUUCUGUAGCCAGCGAAGCCACUUCUGAUGAAUCACCAGACUUGGGUGCCUUUACCACUGUAUUCCGUGCUCUCAAUCACCUACAACCACUAAGGACACUCCCUCUCCCACCCCUCGACGGUGAAAUCGCCUCGUCACUCCCUUCCUCGACCAUUGAAGGCGAAUCAGAUGCUCCAGAGGGCUCGACCGUAUGGAACCAGGGCCUCAUGGCGUCCUACCUCUCCUCCGCUUCCCACGCUACCACUGAAGACCCCUCUACGCAAGAAUCCCAGUCGUCCAGUUCGGUCGAUGACGACUACGGAUCUGGCUCCGACACCGAAGGCGAGCCCCACUUCCGCGUCGUCGUCCCCGCAGAUGCCCUCUCAGACAUCGACUGGAGCGACCAGCCCACCCUCGGCGACUUUGAACAGGCCCUCUCCUUCCUCGCCACCGAACGCGCGAGACUCGUCGCGCAGAGGGAGUCGGAUAUCAGGGAUAACCACAGCUCCACCUCGGACAGUGCUUGGCGACACGUUGUAGAGCCGCGCCGGAAACGGCGGAGGAAGAAAGUCAAGGUUAUCCAGAUUCUUCGCAAGGAAGAUGGUGGCGCGGUUCCCAUUGAGGUUGAGGGGCCUGCAGAAUUAGAUGCGGAGGAGUCCUCGUCUUCGGUUGACGGUCCUGGUUCGUUUCCUCAUAAUAAAUCUACGCCCUCGACGCCUCCCCAGAGUAAAGAGGCCAGGGAGAAGGAGCGGGCAUCUGCCCUUGACAGUAAUCUACGCCUUAAGCAUAGCAAGUCUACCCCCACUUUGCAUUUAUCAUCAACCAUACCGCCUGAUCCUCACAUCCUCCGAUUGCGGUGUCUCGCACAUAAACUGCGCUUGAAGUUCCCCGAGGACUACGAUUGUAUCACAGCACUCUUAACGAACGACUUUCGGGGUGGUUCCGACUUUUCGGAUCCCCGAGGACCUGCUCCACUUGCCAGAGAUACUUUGAUUCAUGUUUUCAUCGAUCAUUCUAAUAUUCUUAUUGGUCUUUUGACCUACCUUAAGAGACACCUCCGCCACUCGCCUCGAAAGUCCAGGCGUAUGUCUCAUGCGGCCCUUGCAUUACUAUUAGAAAGAGGCCGUCCGAUCACUAGACGAUGUUUGGUAACUUCAUCACCCCUGUAUCAGCCAGUGGAUACCGCGGAACAACUGGGCUACGACGUGCGCAUAUACGCUCGAGUUCCCGAUAGCGGUGACGGACAAGAUCGCCGCCAUAGCAAUUCAGAACUGGGAGCUGGCAAAAACAACUGGCGAAAGACAGAUUCGACGCCUUCCAAACCACAUACUCCACACAAAGGAUCGGGAAAUAUAUCUACUGAAUCUGAGCGCAGUGGAGCCAGCGUGGGGAGCUUCUUGCCGUCUUUUAUGCGAAAUAUAGCCUCGUCGUCGUCUCGUCAGCCUGAUAGUCAACAGCCGUCGGGAAGUAACAAUGGUGCAAAUCCGACGGGCAGUCAUCGUAUUCGGUAUAGAGAACAAGGGGUAGACGAGUUACUCCAACUCAAGUUACACCAGGCUAUUGCCGAUGUGGAUGUCCCCCCACCGAACGCGACCAUUGUUUUAGCCACGGGGGACGGGAAUGUUGGCCAGUUUAAUGAUGAUGGUUUUUUGGGUCCCGUGCGGACUGCACUGAAGAAGGGAUGGAAGGUUGAAUUAUACGCAUGGGAGGAGGGGCUGAGCAGGGCGUGGAAGAGAGAAUUUGCGGAUGGCCCAUUUAAGGAUCGUUUUAGGAUUAUCAAGAUGGAGGAUUUUGGAGAAGACCUAGUGGAAUUGGAGUAA